AUGGAGCCGAAGGGUGGGGAGAAUCACUCGGUGGUCGCCGAGUUCGUGUUGCUUGGGCUCUCGGAUUCCUGGUCGAUGCAGCUUCUCUUCAUCGUGCUCUUCUCUGUGUUCUACGUGGCUACUGUGUUGGGUAACACGCUCAUUAUGCUCGCAGUCGUCGCCGACCCCCGCCUGCACUCCCCCAUGUAUUUCCUGCUGGCCAACCUCUCCUUCAUUGACUUCUGUGCUCCCUUCAUUGCUGCCACCAAAAUGAUUUCCGAUGCCUUGAAGGACACCAAAGUCAUUUCCUUCGGGGGCUGCUUCACUCAGAUGUUCUUCAUUCACUUCUUUGGGGGUUCUGAGAUGGUGCUGCUGGUGGUCAUGGCCUAUGACCGCUAUGUUGCCAUCUGUCGACCCCUCCACUACAUGGCCACUGUGACCCUUCCACUGUGUGCUUGGCUAGUGGUGGCAGCCUGGGCCAUUGGCCUCGUCCACUCAGUCAUCCAGUUAGUUUUUGUUGUGGACUUGCCCUUCUGCGGCCCCAAUGAAGUGGACAGCUUCUACUGUGACUUUCCUCGUGUCAUCCAACUGGCCUGCACAGACACGUACCUGCUGGAAUUCGUGGUCACGGCCAACAGUGGACUCAUCUCCAUGGUGAUCUUCCUCCUCCUGAUCUUCUCCUACAUCUUCAUCCUAGUCAGUGUCCGGCAACGUUCUUCCUUUGGGCUGUCCAAGGCAUUCUCCACCCUGUCGGCUCACAUAUCGGUGGUGGUUUUGUUAUUCGGACCUUGCAUCUUUGUCUACAUCUGGCCGUUCCCUAACUUGGCCGUGGAUAAGUACCUGGCCAUCUUCGAUGCGGUCAUCAUCCCUUUCCUGAAUCCCCUCAUCUACACCAUCCGGAACAAGGACAUGAAGGUGGCGAUGAUGAAACUGACCAUUCUUCUGGGGAGAACAGGGAAAUCUGCCAGAGCUAGUUGCAGUUCAAGAGCUCGAGGACGACAAACUCCUUUGACCCAUGGUGGAGACAAAGACCCAACCUGGGAGCCCCACUAA